ACUGGCGGCGGGUCACGUGACGCACGGAGUCCCGAAGGAGUACCGCUUGUCAGGUGACGGCUUCGGAGGAGGACGCGGGAGCGCGCUAAUGAGUGUGCACGCGCAGGCGGGAGGUGACAGCCGGUGAACGCGCUGUGUCGGUUGGCCGGAGAGAGAGCUUGCUGAAGAAGAGGAGGGCAGGGAGCGCAAGCCGAGAGUGAGGAGAAAAGUGGGCAGGGACCGACGGGAAGAGUGAGAGAAGGAACCCAGGCCUGUGUACCGGGGAGACACAAAGCGCGGCGGCUCGGAGUGCAGCUGUGAGAGACUUGCCGCUAGAUAUACUGCAGUCUAGUGGAUCGUUAUUUUCUGAAAUUCGUCAACCCUUUGUAUGUAAGCAACACAGCCCAGUCACCCGUCGCCUCCUGGCCCCUAGCCUGUGAAUGGACAGCGAAUGAGGAGCAACAGACUGAUGAGGUUUACUCUGCGCUCCUUCUGUCAGCAUAUACCUUGUUAGCACGGGUGAAUGCAGGACGUUAAUUUGCCUCAAACACUGCCAUUUCUUCUUCUAUUGCCACUGUAAAGUGAAUUACAAAAGGCAGAAAUCAAGUUAAAUUCAGAGUGAAGGCACUCUAAUUCAGGAGGUGUUACUUUGCCAGAUCUUUAGGUGAAAACAACCUAAAAAGAAUACUAAUGCAGAUACCACAUCUAAUGAUUGUUUGACUCCAUGAAAAAUGACAGAAGAGGUCAUUGUUAUUGCCAAAUGGGAUUAUAUGGCACAACAGGACCAAGAACUUGAUAUCAAGAAAAAUGAACGCCUAUGGCUAUUGGAUGACUCUAAAACGUGGUGGAGGGUGCGAAAUACAUCCAACAAGACAGGAUAUGUCCCAUCUAAUUAUGUUGAGCGGAAAAAUAGCUUAAAAAAGGGUUCAUUGGUUAAGAACUUAAAGGACACUCUAGGUCUGGGUAAGACGAAGCGAAAGACUAGCACUAGAGAUGCUUCACCUACUCCGAGUACUGAUGCAGAAUAUUCAUCAAAUGGUACCAGUGCUGAACGAAUCUAUGACUUGAACAUUCCAGCGUAUGUAAAAUUUGCCUAUACGGCAGAAAGAGAUGAUGAGCUUUCUCUUGGGAAGGGUGCAAGAGUCAUUGUUAUGGAAAAAUGUAGUGAUGGCUGGUGGCGUGGAACACUCAAUGGACAGGUUGGAUGGUUUCCAUCAAAUUAUGUUGUGGAAGAAUGUGAUGAAGCUACAGCAGAUUCACCCAGUUUUCUCAGUUUGAGGAAAGGUGCAUCAAUAAGCAAUGGGCAAAACACUAAAACUCUCCAUAUUGUUCAGACACUGUACCCAUUUAGUUCAGUAACUGAAGAAGAGCUAAACUUUGAAAAAGGAGAAAUAAUGGAAGUAAUUGAGAAGCCUGAGAAUGACCCUGAAUGGUGGAAAUGUAAAAACUCCAGUGGGCAGAUUGGCCUUGUUCCUAAAAACUAUGUUAUAAUUCUAAGUGAUGGUCCUUCUUUAAAUAGUUCACAUGUUCAUCAAAUAAGCUACACUGGCCCUGCUUGUACAGGACGUUUUGCUGGAAAAGCAUGGUACUAUGGAGGAAUUACAAGGCAUCAAGCAGAAUGUGCCCUAAAUGAAAGAGGAAUGGAGGGAGACUUUGUCAUUCGGGACAGCGAAUCUUCACCCAGUGAUUUUUCAGUUUCUCUAAAGGCAUCAGGGAAGAACAAACACUUCAAAGUACAGCAUGUGGACAGUGUCUAUUGUAUUGGGCAAAGAAGAUUUAAGAGCCUGGAUGAACUGGUGGAACAUUACAAGAAGGCACCCAUUUUCACUAGUGAACAUGGAGAAAAGUUGUAUCUGGUUAAAGCACUACAGUGACAUCGGACUUGGCUCUGGCCUCUCAAGCUUCAAGCCUUAGUUCCAAAAAAAAAAUUACUUCCAUGGAACAGAGCCAUCAUUACAAAGGAAACAGUCUUAAAAAUACAGGUUCUUCUUAAAUCACAAACACUCUUGCAUAGUAUUUUUAUCUUUUUAUUAUUUGUGUUGUUCUGUCUUUUUCUGUUUGUAAGUCAUCUUGCCCUCAGGUUAAAGAAAACCUCACUCAAGUGACCAUUGUAAGCACUCACUGUCAUGCCUUGGUUUAAAGUUUCCUAUUCUGCACAUGUUUACAGUACAUAGCUAGCUAUUGCUAGCAGGAAGAGUAGGAGGCAACUUGAAACAGUGUUAUGAUGCUCUAAAUUUUUUAUCAUGUUAAAAAAAAAAUCUUUAUUAAAAUACAUUAGGCACAGUUGACAUGCACUGAAGCCGCAGCAAAUAAUAAUGUAGAUAUGCUGUAUCGGUUGUGGCUGUGAAUUUUGUAGCCUUGUUGCUUACCAGGUAGUAUACUGAGACAAUGCAUAGGCUCUAGAAACACCCUUUACACUGUAAUGUACUCUGCCACUGCAAUACCUCCUCACCUCGCUGCAGAGUACACCAAGUAAUGUAUUGUAGCAGUACAUCCAAAAUUACUUUUGGUAAAAAUGAUUGUAGUAUAUGGUUUAUUUGGUAUGUAAUUACUACAGAAAUAAUAACGUGGAUAAGCAAGUUAUUUAAUUCAAAGUUUUACAUGAAAAGUAACCAAAUGUGCCAUCCACAUUUUUUUCUAUUGCUCUCCUGCCUGUUAUAAUUAUACAUUCAUGUAUUUAAUUCUGAAAGACAAAUGUAUGUGUAGAUGACUGUCUAUGCUAAUACAGAUAAAUAAACUUUUGUUUUUUUAAAUGCC